UGAAAGAGGAGCAUCAGUUUUGAGGUUUAACAAGAAAUAAAGUACAUUUUACUCACAGAAUCCAGCCUAACAUUUUUCUGUAUUUUCCUCCUCAGACAGGUCCCCAUGCCCAAAGGAAUCAAAUGUCCAACAGCAGCUCCAUCACUGAGUUCCUCCUCCUGGCAUUCGCAGACACAAGGGAGCUGCAGCUCCUGCACUUUGCGCUCUUCCUGGGCAUCUACCUGGCUGCCCUCCUGGGCAACGGCCUCAUCCUCACAGCCAUAGCCUGUGACCACCACCUCCACACCCCCAUGUACUUCUUCCUCCUCAACCUCGCCCUCCUCGACCUAGGCUCCAUCUCCACCACUGUUCCCAAAGCCAUGGACAAUUACCUGUGGGACUCCAGGGCCAUUUCCUACUCAGGAUGUGCUGCUCAGGUCUUUCUGUUUGUCUUCUUGAUAUCAGCAGAGUAUUAUCUUCUCACUGUCAUGGCCUAUGACCGCUACACUGCCAUCUGCAAGCCCCUGUGCUACGAGAUCCUCCUGGGCAGCAGAGCUUGUGCCCAGAUGGCAGCAGCUGCCUGGGGCAGUGGGGUUCUCUAUGCUGUGCUGCAGUCUGUCAAUACAUUUUCCCUGCCCCUCUGCCAAGGCAAUGCUGUGGACCAGUUCUUCUGUGAAAUUCCCCAGAUUCUUAAGCUCACUUGCUCACACUCCUACCUCAGGGAAUUUUGGGUACUUAUGGUUGGUAUAUGUUUUGCAUCUGGAUGUUUUGUUUUCAUUUUUUUUUCCUAUGUGCAGAUUUUCAGGGUUGUGCUGAGGAUGCCGUCUGAGCAGGGACGGCACAAAGCCUUUUCCACGUGCCUCCCUCACCUGGCUGUGGUCUCCCUGUUUCUCUGUACUGGCUUUUUUGCCUACCUGAAGCCCCCCUACCUGUCCUCCCCAACUCUAGAUCUCAUGGUGGCAGUUCUAUACUCAGUGGUGCCUCCAUCAUUCAAUCCCCUCAUCUACAGCAUGAGAAACAAGGAGCUCAAGGGUGCUUUUAAGAAAGCAAUUUUAUGUCUGUUUCUGAAUCGUGAUAAAUUACAUCUCUUUCUCCACAAGUGACUUCCUGGGGGUGAUUUGAAGGCCUGGUACUUGUUUCAUUAAGAGUACUGUUAUAUUUGUCUUUAUCUUUAAUGUCAUUUCCAUUUAUUACUUUCU